ACAUUCAACAUGGGCGUUUCUUUUGUCGUCUGCAAAGUGUCAAAUGCUUUGCGAACAACAAAAAUGUUAAAAAUUAGUGAUAGAUUUUAGCCGUCGAAGGACUUUGAGUAAUUGUUUACGUUACUCACGUCAAAUGCGCCGGAGUGUAGAUCUGAUAGAUGCCUGUUCGGGAAAAUUACGAUUGUACUCGGUAAUGGCUAUGACUCAGUACCGAAGAACAUCUUUUCAAGGUACCGCGACUACGUUCAAAUAAUUCUAGUGAACGAAUCGGGGAAAUUAAAGUCGAUCAUUCUUGUAAAAUUGUAUAUAUAAUGAUCUGAUCCGAAACGAUACGAGACCUGUUUAAAUAGACGUUAAAGUCCUGCUGUAAAAUGGGAGGGUUAUACUGUGUCCAGAAAUGAAAGUUGUGCGAUGUUAAAGUGUUUUAAAUAAUAAAAUUGUUCAACGCGCGGUCUACACGGUCACAAGUUGUGAAGAAAUGAGAUAUUAUUGCUGGGCAAAAAGGAGAAUGUAUCUGGUAUAAGAAAAGUGGGUUGACUUAUUUAGUAUCGGAAUCAGCUGAUCUCUUACAUUGACAAAGGAUCACCAAUACAAUCGAUACGAACGAACAAUUUGACUGUUCUGAUUCGAAGACAGUGGACAUGUGAGAGUUAAGAAAAUAUAUAUAAAUAUCGUAUUUUUGAACUUAGUUUCUCGAUUACUCGGAAAGGAUAAAUUAAAAAAAUGUCAGCAAACAAUUCGAUCAUAGCAGCCACCGCAGCUACGCUUAGAAGUGGUAAUCUACAGAAUCGCAAUUCUCAAAGAUCUACGCUUCUGAAAGUGGUAAUUUUGGGUGACGGUGGUGUUGGCAAAUCCUGCCUCAUGAACAGAUUCGUGUCGAAUCACUUUGACGAACAUAGUUUUCAUACGAUCGGAGUAGAAUUCUUAAACAAGGAUAUCGAAAUUAAUGGAGAAGCGUACACAUUGCAAAUCUGGGAUACGGCUGGACAAGAAAGAUUCAAGACUCUCAGAACACCUUUUUACAGAGGCUCAGACAUUUGCUUAUUAACUUAUGCCGUGGACGACAGAACGAGCUUUAAAAAUUUAGCACUGUGGAGAUCUGAAUUUCUUUAUUACGCCGAUGUUCAAGAAGGGUCGUCGUUUCCGUUCAUUGUAGUUGGGAACAAAUUGGACGUUCCAAGUUCUGAGAAGCAAGUUUCUACGGAAGAAGCUCAAGCUUGGUGUGCAGAAAAUGGUGAUCCCCCGCUUGUAGAAACGUCGGCAAAAGAUGCGACCAACGUCGAACAAGCUUUCGGUGCAGCCGUAGCUGCUUGGGCACAACUCGAAGCUAGGCUAGAGAGACCAAUAGUAGAAGAUACUGUCGACCUUUCUAAACAACAAUCUCCUCAUCGUUCAAGUUGUUGUAUGCCUGUGUCUGGUGCUGAGUCUAACAAAAUUAUUUGAAGACAUUUCUUGCCUGUCCACAAUAGUUUCUUCGUGACAAGGUGAAGUUCAAUGUUAAAAGUAGUUUUUCGUCUAUGUUCGUUUUUAAAUGAUGCAAAUUUUGUGUGUUUCUUUCUGUUGCCAAUGAACUAUAGUUACAUUUUUAUAAACGGGACUCGGAUUUUGUUCGUUUUCUUGUCUGUUCAGUUUCGUUGAAAUUAGAAAAUUCACGUUAUUCGUGAGAGGAGAGAAUAAUGUUGUAUGAUUGAUAUUUCCAGAAUACAGCUAUAAAGUGUAAGGUCAAAUUGAACGUCCUACUCGUAUCACGCUUUGUGCAGCUCACGAGCUACAAACAGUAUUUUAAGUGUUUCAUACACCAUUGGCUUGUGAUAAAAUAAUAAGAGUAAUAAUCAUUCUCAUCAACUGCUUUAU